AUGAAAUCAUCAGAGUUUAUAUUAGGUGAAACAGCUUAUAAAAAUGCUAAAAAAUCAUUACAAUCCUUAAUAAAACAAUAUAAUAACCAACCUGAAACAAUUAACACACCACCACCACCAGAUGAUGAUGAUGAUGAUGAUGAAACUUCAACUCCUAUUCCUACCAAUAACCAAGGUAUGGCAAUUCAUUUAGUAAUUAGUAUUAAAAUCCCUUUAUCAAGGAAGAAAGAUUAUAUACCAAGAAUCAUCCCUAUUAGUUAUAAAUUGGAUGACGUAACCAAUAAAUCAAUAUUAUUAAUUACUAAAGAUCCAUCGACUCCUUAUCGAUCGAAAUUAAUGAUUAAAGAUUCACCUACAGAAGAUUUAUUUCUGGAUAUUAUUAGUUUUAAAAAAUUGAAAUCCAUGAUUAAUAAGACAAGUACUAGUAGUACUAAUAAUAAGGGGAAGAAACAAAAUUUAAUUAAAAUUUUCAAAAAUUAUGAUAUAAUUGUUUGUGAUCAUCGAAUCAUGAAAUUCUUACCAAAUGUAUUAGGUGAAUUAUUUUAUUAUAAGAAUAAAAAAUUACCAUUUUUAAUUCAAAUGGCAAAACCAAUACUUCUCGAAACUUCAAAACUAAAAGCUCAAUUGAAGGCUAAAAGCAACAACAACAACAACAACAACCAACAAGGACCUUCCAUUCUUGAUGGAUUGACAAUUUCUAAAGAAAAUAAGAUUAAAGAUGAACGAUGUGAUCCAAAAUAUAUAAAUUUACAAAUCAAAUCAAUUGUUAAAAACACAAAUUAUUUACCUAGUAAUGUUAUUAAUAAAGGUGAUUGUAUAUCAUUAAAAAUUGGUUAUAUAAAUUGGUCAAUUGAUGAAUUAUUAAUUAAUAUUAAUGAUAUUAUUGAUUAUUUAAUUAAUAAAGAAUAUUUUUCUACAAUUGGUGGUGGUGGUGGUGGUGAAGGAAUUAUAAAAGAUUUAAAUAAUUUAGGUAAUAUUCAUGUUAAAAUUAAUCAAAGUAUUAGUUUACCAAUUAUUGAUAAUAAUGGGAUGCCCAAGGGGAAUAAUGAUGGUGAAGAAGAAGAAGAUAGUGAUUUUGAUUUUUAA